AUGACGCCACAUAAUCAACUCGCCGCUGCCGGUUGGCUUUGUCUGCUGUUGACGGCAACUAUUGUACGGGCGCAGGAUACAGACCCAAAAUGGUCAAGGCAACUGGACGCUGUUGAAUCCACAGAGACGGACUCGCUUGACUGGGUGCCGUUGGCACAGCCGCUGGACGGCAGCAAAGAUCGCUCGGCAAAUGGCCGCGUACUCACCUAUUCCCAGUCGUUUCCACCCAAUGGCCGUUUUGGAGAACUACCGAAGACGUCGCAAACGGGUGGCGCUCCAUUUGAUUUUCCCUUCCAAUUUCAACGGUUCCCGAAUGCACCGCUUCCUGCACAGCCACUGCGACAAGUGCCGCAGGCACUGAAGUCAAGUGGCCCGCAGGAGCCUACAUCACAGUCUUUUUUUAAGUUCGAAAUGCCUUUCCGUAACGAUGGAAGCAACAAUUUGCGUGCUGGAGCUCAGGCGCCACCCACACUACAGACUGGCUACCAAAUUCAACACUCCUUUGGUGGUGCUGGAGCUUCUCAGGCUUCUAUAUUUAACUCACCCACUCUAUUUGGCCAACAGCAGCCCCUCUUUCCACCAGAGUUCCAUCCGAUUUCACAGAAGCCAUUGCCUCAGGCACUGACGGCACACAAGCCGCUGCAUCAACAGAAUUAUGUCGACGACAUUUUGCCUCUCAAGACGCAUACCAAGCCUACGCAGCCAUCUCUGCAAAGUGUAACACCGCAAGUGUUCCCCGUGGACCCAGAACCAGAAUCGCUGUUUGACUUGAACAAGGCAGCCCCAUCUGCUGAUUCGGCCGGAGGUUCAACUGGAGGCGUCAAUGGUCAACAACAAGAGGUGCAGUUGCUUUAUGUUCCCUAUGACACGCUCUACAACCAGCAGCGUCAGCAGCAACAACAGUCAAAUUCUGGGUCAGGCAACAGUAACAACUACAAUGUAAAUAAGUACAACCUCAAUGCCGGCCUCCCAGCCGUAAAUCCCUACCAAAUCAACCAGUUUUACACGCAAGAUCCCAGCGUUGGCAACAGUUUCUACAGUCCUGGAACCACCUUGCGCCCAAGCACCACCAGUACAACAACCACAGCACUUCCUCAGAACGUGUUCCAGAGCUACGCGCAACCACAAUUCACCACGGCUAAGCCCAAGCCAAAGGCUCAUCAGCCGCCACUAGCCAUGUUCCUGUUGCGGUCCAACGCGCGUCCAUCGCAAUCAGAUGUGGUCAGCGCUUUGCGCAAUGCCCAGUCCAUAUCGGUGAUCGAUGCACCUACCAAACAAACUCCAGAUAUAUUUGUUGGACCUGCUGGCAUGCCGAUACCCGACGGCUACGUCAAAUUCGACUUGCCCUACCUCUCCCAGUUGGCACACUCGCGCGAUCUAAGUGAAAUACCCUUUUUCGUAGCACCCCUUAGCUAUCGCACGCCUAAUGGCUUUAACAAAAUCCUUUUACCUGAGCCGCAUGUUGGCUCUAUUGUAGUCAAUCGCGCCAAAGGUGGAUCCUUUGCUACUACGCAGGACCUGGCACCACCUCCUCGACCACAGCGACCAUAUGUUGCUCCAGUGGCAAGCCCAGCCAACACCCGUAAUCCCUUUGAUGGAACCACGCAGCGCACUCCCGCAAGUCAAGCUCCGGGACGUGGAAACAAGUUCAGUUAUUUCUACGUCCAGGACGCCAUUCAGGAGGUUACUUCCCCCAAGAUAACUAAACAGGAGCGUCCAAAGAAAAAGCGCCCACAGCAUGUGCAAGUCGACCCUCCCACUUACCGACCGCCGACUAAAAGCCCCUUCGAAACUAUUAACCAAAUAGGCAACGAAGACUACUUCAAUGCACUGUUGAACAAGCCUAGCACAUCCACCUCGACAACAAGCUCCACGUCAACUUCGACCAGUUCCACCACGUCGACGACUUCGACAACGGCAGCUCCUCAAACGCUCUUCACAUACAGUUCUAGCCCUCACGUAGAGUUCCCUAGUACCAAUGGCCAGCUAUACCCGCAGUUUGAUACCUCACCUCAAGCUCAGCCUGUUCAAGAACAUCUGCCUCGGCUUACGACCCGCCCGCCGAUUUCAGGCAGCUCUGAUGAAGAGUUGCGCAUGAAACAGUAUUUCCGGCAGCAGGAUGCUUUCCGUCAGCGACCACAAACCACUAACCCACCAUUCGAGCAAGUCCAGUACACUCCUGUUUCCGUUGAAUAUGGUCGUGAUGAGGCUAUACCUACAACAACACAAAAGGCCAACACCAAGGGCAAGCAGCGUGUCACAAUCUACACGCCCGCUGCCAUUCCAGUGACCACCUCAGACGUUGGCUACAACGUGGAGCCACAGAAGCAACUGCCACUCAAUCACCGCCCAAUAUACAACCAGAAUGAGGUUCUAGACAGCACAAACUUGGAGUAUGAGCCAAACCCUUAUCAUGUGCCCUCUGAACUACCGCCACUAAUGCCCGAAAUUCCGGGACUCGUGAAUAAUCUGCAAGAAAAGGAAAAGCUGGCUACGACCCUCCCAGUGAGCGAACAGGAUGCUGAAUCGCGUCCUACGCGACGUCCAUUGCUUCGUACACGCAAGCCAGUUGUAUCAAAGGUAGUGACUUCAUCCGUCUCUUACUCCGAGUCUGAGAGCUCCAAUAGCAAGCUACAAUCACACCGCAUUAGACGCCCAUACAAAACGCGAGGCAGUGCCGGCAUUACCGCAGUAGAAAAUGGAGAUAAUGAAGAAGAGACAACGAGCAAUUUGGCUACACGGCGACCAACAUCAGCACGUAAUCCGCUCCUACGCAAUCCCAAUCGCAUCCGAUAUCAACCAACGCCCGAGGAGCGACAGUCGCUGAAGCUGAAGCCAAAGAAACACUACACAGGCUCCAAAAAGAGCAACAAGAAUGAAGACCAAGACCUAGAGUACCAGAGAGAUGUUCUGAAGCAGAACUACCCCGUGUUUAAAGGCACUCGUCGUCCAACCAGUCCAACCGCUAUACCUAGCUCCUAUGAUGUGGGUAGUACCGAAGGUCCGGCUUCAGAGUCACAGCAGGUUUACACGGUGACACCCAGCAAUAGUAUUGACAACGGUGAUCAGGAUGUGUUUCCCGCCAGCUUGCUGGAGCCCAUGCAGAUUGCUCAGCACUAUAACGAAUUUAAGGAUAACUAUGGGCCCGGGUACUUCCCCAACCAAGAGGAUUUGGCUCCCACCGAAGCCAUUGUUCGCAACGAGGUGAAUCCAAUUUAUACUGCCGUUGCUAGCACAACGCCUUCCACAACAACGACGACCACAACAACUCGCACAACCACUGAGGCCCCUACAACUACGACCCGAAGAUCGCCAUUCAUUCGCCGCAACUAUCCGAGAUUGCGCACAACUACGACAACGGAAGCACCACAAACCACAACAGUCGCAGAAGAACGACCAUCAAUCCGUACACGUCUUCCCCCGCGUCGAGUUGUUAAGGUGCGCCAACGCACGCGUCGUCCGCACCAUCCGGCCUCAUCCACUGCCUCGCCGAAUGAAGCUUCCGAGCCAGUAACUCAAAAGCAAAACCUUCGCAAGUACAGCCGCUACAACCAAGAACAGCGUGACAAAGAGGCAAGCGGCCUAAUACAGACUUCGCGUCGCCGAUACAAGCCAUCUUUGCAGCUGGAGGGCCAGGAGUCUCAGUGGUCGCCAGCCACAGAAAGCAGCAACAGCAACAGUAACAGUUUCAAGCCCCUCAACCCAAAAGAAGCGUCCCCAACUGACGUGCAUAAUUUCGACAAUGAGCCCGAAAUCGUCACUGUCGGUCCAACCCAGGAAGCUGACUCUUUCGAAUUCAAUGUUGCUGCCAAUCUUAGUGGAUCCCCGUCUUCAAGUCAAUCGCAGCGCACAACGAUAAAGGCCCCCAACCUAAAACCUGAAAAAUCAUUCGCUGAAUUGCUUGAAGAAGUUAUGGGAAAAGCACCAGAAGAGCUGACAACAGAGACGAGUAGCACCACCUUUGGUCGCUUGAGUCGACGGGGUAAAUGGAAGAAGAAUCGUGUUACGAGUGGCACGGAUAACAACGAAAAUUUUGAGACCGCUGAGUCGCAAAAUCUUGGUCCACAACUUUAUAAUGCACUCUAUGCCAGCGAGAAACCGGAGGAGGUACCAAAAGCAACAACACCGCUAACACCGACAACCCAGUCAGUCCCCACAUUGGUGACUACAACGACACCGCAGCCAAGCACACCAGAAGAAUACGAAGUAACUACAGCAGUCGUCCCAGACGUCACCACUACGGUUACAAUGCUGCCAGUAAGUGAAGUUGUGGGAGAGAGCGCCACCCGUCGCAUGGAUACUGCAGCCGAUGUUGAUGUGGACGACCUCGAAACACAGCCCAGUCUCUUCUCCGAGGUGAAGAAGCAGCUGCACACUCUAUUUUCCAUUGAUGAGAGCGAAGAUCAGGCGGUGACCGCUGCGUUGGCAGCCGUAGGCAAACGUCGCCAGGAAUAUACGAGCAUUAAUCGCACAAAGCCCACGGACAGCACGACAGUAGAAGCCACAGAAGCUGCAUCGCAAGCAGUGGCGACCACAGCCGAAUCGCCUUCGAACAAAAAGGAUGAUAAAUUUCACAAAGACUUGAUGCAGCAUGUGGUCUAUGCCACAUCCACAUCAACAAAAGUCACAUCAGAGACGGAGAUAUGCUAUCGAGGUCGCUGCAUACGCUCUGAAGAUCUGCCCGCCAACCACAAGUUGCAUUGAGCCACAGCUCGAUUUAGUACGCUUAAUUGUA